UUUGCCGAUCAAGGUCGCGGUAAUGGCUUCCUAGGAAAGACUUACUUUGUUUAUGCCGCCGUUGGGAUCCCAGUAGCUGCGUUUAGCGGGCUCGGUGUACGUUAUAUUACAGAUCUGCACGUUUGCGAAGAAAGCUCGGAAACUGACACCUUCGUGCCCGGGAGUUUCUCGCCGAUGGGGCUGAGUUGUAUGGCUGAAUGAGGCGAUCGCCUGUGGUACCGUAGAAGGAUGAACUCCAUCGCCGGUCGGGAUCUCGCAGUGUCCGCUGGAGCUGUCAGUAGCAACCCCGGAGCAGCAUCAUCCAGAGUCCUGCAUGUGGAGCUCACAUCACAACAGAGGCGUUUACGUCACUUGCGGAGCAUAGCAGCCCGUAACAUUGUGAACAAGAAUGGCUCUCCUCUACUUGACACUUACUUCACCCUUCACCUCUGCCAGGAAGAACGGAUAUCACGAGACUUUUAUAAGAGUGAAGUCAUCCGAGAUUCAUUGAACCCAACAUGGCGGAGCUUAGAUUUCGCAAUGCUUCCGGAUCUCUUGGACACGUCUGUGUCGUGUUUUGUAGUGAGAAUAUGGGGUGGGAGAGAAGAAGAGUACCAACUACUUAUUGAAUGGAAAGUCAACCUAGAUGGGCUCAGAUACACAGGACAACAGAUUCGCUCCAGAAAUCCAAAUGAGAUCAUCUUUGGGCUGAACGAUGGCUACUAUGCAGCUGAGUUUGAUCAGAAGGAAACUUCUGACAGGAAGAAGAACAGUUUGCUUCAGGUGGAUCAGAGCUCUGUCAGAAACUCCUACAGCGUUUUCUCUUUACUGAGACUGCACACGGCCCAGAGAGCCAUUAAACAGACUCAGGUGACCGUUCAGAAGAUCGGGAAGGAAAUUGAAGAGAAACUGAGGACAACAGCGUCCUGCACAGAAAAGAAGAAAGAGAGGGAGUGUAUGCAGCUACGUAUCGGGAUUCUGAGGUGCGAGUUGGAGAGACAAAGGAAAGCGCUGGCGAGAGAAAUGGAUGUGAUGCAGAAAGAGAGAACGCAGCUUGUAAAGAAAGAGGAGGCGUCGUCUAGCAAGCAUCAGGGUCUGGAGUCUGAGCGCAAGUCUUUGACGGAGUUACAGAAGGAAUGCACUGCCAAAAGAGAGCUGUUUCUAAAAUCCAACGCCCAACUCACCUUCCGCUGUCGUCAGCUAAUAUCAGAGCUGUCCUACAUUUAUCCCAUUGAUGUGAACAAUCAGAGUGAUUAUGUGAUUUGUGGUGUCAAACUGCCCAAUUCUGAAGACUUUCAAGCAAAGGAUGAUGGGAGUGUUGCGGUGGCUCUGGGUUAUACGGCACACCUGGUGCUGAUGAUAUCGAACUUCCUGCACAUUCCUCUCAGGUAUCCAGUCAUCCACAAGGGUUCCCGCUCCUCCAUCAAAGACACCAUCACUGACAAACUCACAGAGAAGGAGAGAGAGUUCCCUCUUUACCCCAGAGGAGAGCGUUUCCAGUUUGAAUACGGCGUCUAUUUGCUCAACAAAAACAUCGCCCAGUUGAGAUACCAGCAUGGGCUGUCCACCCCAGAUCUGCGUCAGACUUUACCCAACCUGAAGAACUUUCUAGAGCAUGGAUUACUUGUACGAUGUGACAGGCACCAUGUCUCCAUGUCCAUUCCUGUCCCUCUGAAGUCUCAUCUCAGUGUUUCCGGCGCAUCCGAAGUCGGCUUUCCGACCCUGUCCAGCUCCCCUGAACGGGACGUCCGGAAGCGGGCUGGCUCAGAUGCGGAUAAACAGAAAAACCAAACCCCUCCACCUAGUUACAACACAGCCAUGACCCAACCUGACCCCAUGACGACUCCAGAAGUCCCAUCAGUGCUGUCCACAGAGAUUGUGAGCGUUGAAGUAGGUAAGACUGUGGAUACACAUGGGGAUGGAGAGACUGUGUCCGAGGCACAUACGGAGAAGCCUCUGGAAAUCCCUACGGACAUAGCUAGUACACUACCGUCUGACUCCGUCCCUCAGCACCCGGGAGCCAUGAACGGCUCAGCCGUGCCCAGCGAGGGUAUAGGUUUGGGUGUUGCGGGCGCAGCCGAACUGUGCUGCUCCGUGGAGCAGGCUGAGGAAAUUAUGGGCACUGAAGCUACAGGGCUGGGAUUGGGACUAGGAUUAGGAUUGAGAUUGGGAGGCGGCGCCAGACUGGACGAUUACCCGUGUAUCCCCGUGGAGCACGCGGUCGCAGUCGAGUGCGACGAACAGGUUUUGGGAGAGUUCGACGCCGCUGGGAUCGAGGAGGUCUCGCGGCGCAUCUAUGCACUAGAAAACAUGUCUAGCUUCCGACGGCCUCGGAAGAACUCGGAAAAAUGACUGGGAUGUUAGGCGUGGGCCUGGAGAAACGGGUCGGAGGAUGACUGGUAUCCAAGUAGGUGGGUGACAUGAGGCUGAGCCUGUGUAAUAUUUCACCCUGACUGCAACAAGUAUAGACAUUACAUAAAGAAAUAUAUUAUAAUUAAUAUUGUUAUAAUAAUUAUUAAUAUUAUUAGGAAAAAUCUGGAAUAUUGACCAAUUUGCACUUCUCGAAGCAUUUCUAUAAUCCUUUAAAGUGAAAUAAAGAGAAUGUUUGGUUGAAAUGCUUGCUGGAUGUCUUUCUGGGUAUAUGGAUGCAUAGUUUUAAUGGCAUAUUCUACCCCAAAAAUGAAAAUUCUGUCAAUAUUUACUGUCCGUCAUGUCGUUCCAAACCUGUAUGACUCUCAUUCUUCAAGUUAUUUAGAAGAACUGGUUUGGUCCGAAGAACAGUGGUGUUUUAAGGAUGCAAUCUUGUCACCUUUCAGCAUUUGUGUGACAACCAUAAAUGUUAGUUUUUAAAUUUUAUUUGUUCUGUGAAAUAAAUUACUUUUUUAUUUAACAGGAUUAGGAUUGGGAGGCGGGAAGGAAACGCAAUGCAUUAAGAGCCUGGGGGUGAAAACUUUUGGAUUUAAAAGAUAAGGGUAAAUUCAGCUUAUUUUGUCUUCUGGGAAACAUGUAAGUAUCUUCUGUAACCUCUGAAGAGCAGUACUAAAUGAAAAAAAUAUGCUAUUUAGGCAAAAUAAGAAAAAUGUACACAUUUCCAUUAUAAAUGUACACAUGUAAAUGUACACAUUUCCAUUAUAUUCAAAAUAUCCCCCCGGCUCUUAAUGCAUGGUUUUUCCUUCUGGAGCAUCAGUGAACAUUUGAACCUUCUGUAAUAGUUGCAUUCUGUAAUAGUCCCUCAGUUGUCCUCAGUGUGAAAAGAUGGAUCUCAGAAUCAUACAGUCAUUGUUGGAAAGGGUUCAAAUACACAAAAAUGCUGAAAACCAAAGAAUUUGUGGGACCUGAACGAUUUUUCUGACGAACAGCAGGGAUUAACUGUUUAGGACAAACAAAGGACUCAUGAACAACUAUCACUAAACAAAAAAACACAGCUGUGGAUCAUUCAGGUAACAACACAGGUAACAGUAUUAAGAAUCAAGCGCAUGUAAACUUUUGAAUGGGGUAAUUUUUAUAAACUCAGCUAUUAUUUUCUCUUGUUGACUAUAUGUAAACAUCUUUUAUCUGAAAUAUCUUAUUCAGGUCAGUACUAAAUAAACAAUAACUUGCAUUUUGUAUGAUCCCUCUUAUUUUGGUAAAAUAAUUAACAUUUUUAAUGAUUCUAAAAGGGGGAUGUAAACGUUUGACCUCAACUGUAGUAUAGUGUAGUAUUAUUAUUGUAGUAAAUUAGUUUUCUUUAUUAGUUUGUUUAAAUGUAACCUAUUAUGCCCCUUCAUUCAAGAUGUAAUAUAAAUCUCAGGUGUCCUCAGAAGGUGCCUGUGAAGUUUUAACUCAAAAUACCUCACAGAUCAUUUAUUAUGUAAUUUUGAAAAUGCCUGUCUUGACUGGAAGCAGAAAAAUGCUGUUUUUGUGCAUGUUUGUUUAAAUGCAAAUGAGCUGCUGCCCCCCACCCACUUUUCCGAAACAGGGCUGUGCCUUUACAGCUCGUAUCACUAUUGCGCUGAAAUCAUGCGUUUUAAACCAUAUUAGUUUAAACUUCUGAUAUACAGUUUUCUGAGCGUACACAUCCGAAGCACGCAUGUGACUAGUUCUCUUUCAUAUCUUAUUGCGCUUAAACUCUCAAUUACACACAAGUUAAUGUUAAAAACACACAAGUUACAAAAACCUGAGUCAAAAACGUGAGUCACUUAUGUAUGGAACUUGUGUAUAAACUAGGUUGAAUUUUUUUCAAUAUACUAGUGCUAAAAUCAGCUCAAAUCCACAUUAAAGCUUAUAUUUAAUUUUAAAAUAUAGAAAUUAAAAGCCACUUUAGGACAAAAAAAGUCACACAGGUUUGGAACGACAAUGAGAAAUUACAGUUUUCAUUUUUGGGUCAACUAUUCCUUUAAAUGCCACUCAGUAUUACAGCGGGAAUUCUUGUGUGCCAGGACCAACCUGAGAGCAAA